CCUUGCCUCGAUCUUUUAAAACCAUCAACAUUUUUGAAUCACCACCAUCAACAUCUCUCUCUCUCUCUCUUCUCCUUCUCUCUAUCUGACUCCAGAAACUUUCACUUUAAUUACAAAAUUGAAAACUUUUGAAUAAACUCACGAGAAAGUUCUGUGUUCUUUUUUUGGUGUUCUUGUUCUGUUUCUUGUUCUUGGAAUUUUGAUACAAUGGCGUCUCAGAGACAUUUAAAAGAUCUUCUUGAAGAAGAUCAAGAGCCGUUUCAGCUUCAGAGUUACAUCUCAGACCGGCGUUGCCAAAUCAAUCGUCCGGUAACGCAUUUACAGGUCAAGAAACGCAGACCUAUCUCUCAAAACGCUGGUGGACUUCCCUCGCGUUUCUGCCGCAACGCUUGUUUCUUCUCUCUACGUGAUUCUCCCGACCCGAAGAAGUCACCACUCUUUGAACUCAAGUCGCCGAACCGUAGCCAAAACGCGAUCUUCGUCAACAUACCUGCGAGAACCGCGUCGAUACUACUAGAAGCUGCGGUUAGGAUACAGAAACAGAGCUCGGAAGGGUCUAAAACAAGAACGCGAAACGCAGGAAACGCGUUCGGGAUAUUUGGUUCAGUUUUAAAGAAGCUAACGCACAGAAAGAAAUGCGAAAUCAACAACGGUAAAGACGGUGGACGCGUUUCCUCUUCGGUGAAAGAUAUGUUGAGAUGGGAAUCUCCGGUUGUUCGUAAAAUAGUCACAAGAAAAUCCAAACGCAAAGAAGAAGAAGAAAACGUUUCCUCACAAACGCAUAAAACCGCGUCUGAAACGCAGUUCUCGCGGAGGUCUAGUAGUAGUGGCGUUUGGUCAGAGAGUGUUACCAACGGAGAGAGAUCUUGGGACGUUGAUUUCGAAAUGUCGGUUACCUCAAGCAGCAGCAGAUCUAACGGUUCAAAUGAGUUUGCGAUGAUGAUGAACGGUCAAGAUUUUGCCGAGGAUAAACGUUAUUGUGAAAGCCCGUUUCAUUUUGUUCUCCAAACAAUGCCUUCAAACGGCGGUUUCAGAACGCCAAAUUUCACAUCACCUGCGGCUUCUCCACGCCACGAUUGUCUUGAGAUGAAAAAAGAGAGUUAUGAAGUAGAUAAGCUAAAGAAACUAGAAAUGGAGGAAGAAGAAGAAGAAGAAGAUAAAGAACAGUGCAGCCCAGUAUCAGUUUUGGACCCUCCAUUUCAGGACGAUGACGAAGACAUUCACAUGGAUGACAAUAACAUCCCUUCCAGCUUCAGAUCUGUACAAAAAGCAAAGCAUCUGCUACUACAGAAGCUUUGUAGAUUCGAGCAACUGGCGGGUUUGGAUCCCAUGGAACUCGAGAAAAGAAUGUCAGAGCAAGAGGAAGAGGAGGAGGAAGAAGAUAUGAAAAGUCUUUAUUACCAUUGUGAGAUUAUAACACAGAGAGUUCUAAAAACGUACUUUGAAGACAUGAGUGAAGUUCCCGAAGGCAUAGAAGCAUUGAUCUCGGACCUCGCAGCAGAGGAAUUACAAAACGACAUUGUUUUGCUUGACGAUGAAGCUGUAGCCAAAAGGGUAUGCGAGAGAUUGAGAUCUUGGAGAGAUGUGGAGUCAAACACAAUUGAUAUGAUGGUCGAACAUGAUUUCAGAACAGAGAGUUUAGGAUUAUGGAGAUCAAAGAACGACGCAGAAGUUGCAGAGACGGUUUUGGAUAUAGAGUUUGAGAUUUUCGAGGAUUUGGUUGAAGAAUUGUCACAAGACAUUGGCGGCGGAGAUCGAUGAUUCGGUAUUAGAUUCCGUCGCAAGUAAUGACAAACUAACCUGCGUUGUUUAGAUGGAUCAUGGAUGGUGGGGGGGGGGUGUAUGUAAAAGUUUUGUUUGAUGAGAGAGUAUUUAGAUUUUGUGUAAUUUCUUAUGCGUUACUGAGAAAUUCAUAGGAUCAGUGAAGUUCUCUAAACUCUCUGAGUCGGGUUCUCUGAUUCAGUGUAGUUGUAGUUGACAAUUAGAUAAAAUUUGGAUACAAAACGAUUUUAUUUCAACAUUAAUUGUUUACUUUUUAACU